GCUGAUUGUGGUCGCUGUAAUCUUACAGAAGUCCCACAAGAUUUACCUGACAACAUUACACACCUUCUUCUAAAUUAUAAUAAUAUCUCUAGCAGCGCCCUCUACCCUGGAGUGUUAGCCAACUAUUCCAAACUCCUCGUCCUUCAGAUGGAUUGCAAUAAUCUCACAGUUCUACCUGAAGGACUAUUUUAUGGUUUGAGCUCUCUAAUUCAACUCAGUCUUUACAACAACAACAUUUUGAUGGACUCGGCACUAAAUAGGUCAACCGUGUUUGCUCCGUUGGGAAACACUUUAAAGAUUCUUGUCAUGAACAGGAACAAUCCCAACACGUCAUCAGACCAGUUGAUGUACCCAGACUUUGCCCUGUCUUUUCUGACCAAACUGACCGUACUGCACAUGGAUGGGCUGAUGAACAAGACGUUUGAUCAAGGGUUCUCAAACUUAAAAGAAUUGAGGAAUUUAAAUUUGGCAGGUUUCAAGUGUGGCUAUUGUAACAUCCAUUUACUAAGUAACGAAACAUUUCAGUUCUUGACAAGUCUGCACCACCUAAACGUAUCUGAUUGUGGAAUACAAGGAAAAAUCCUCGAAAAUGGCGCAUUUGAGAAAUUAACAGAGUUAAAGUCCUUGGAUGUAUCUAAUAAUUUUGAUCUUGGACUUUCCGCUCUCGGUAACGUCAUGUAUAGUUUUAGAAGCAGUCCAAAUUUACGUCAUUUGAAAUUGCAAAGGAUCGGGGCUCGCUUUGCUGCUUGUAUUGUUGUCUACAAAAACACACUGCGACAUUUCAAGAACACUAGUCUGGAGGUGAUUGAAGCCAUGGAUAAUGAGAUUGAGAUGAUUGAGUUUGGGGCAAUACAAAUGUUGCCCCCAACACUAAGGACACUCAACCUCACCAACAACAGAAUCAUGUUUGGUGCCUACUGGAGAGACAUGGGCUACCUGAAAGGACUUAAAAGAUUACACCUAGACGGGUAUCCUACCCCCUUUAGAUUCGCACCCAAUUUUCCUACUAAAAUCCUUCACUGCAAGCCACCGCAUACCGAGAACUGUAGCGAUGUUAAGGAAGAGUCCGACGUUGCAGAUGAAGACGAACCUUUCAUUCUGCCGUUGCCACCAACUUUAACCCAACUCACAAUGCACAGCAACUCCCUAGAGUACCAAGUCAACAACAUUAGCUUUAGUGACAACAACAGCUUGGAGUAUGUUGAUAUUAGUGGCAACAUGUUCAAUUCUUUAAUUGGUCCUGUCACGGGACUUCACAGUCUCAAAAAUCUGUCAUUGUCAAGCUGUUUUAUAGAAACUAUCGAAAAUACGUUCUUCAAAACUCUGACGAGCCUACAGUAUCUGAAUCUUUUUCGGAAUCUGCUAGGAGAAUUUCUGUGCAGCAAUGAUGACAUCUUUGAUCCUUUGAUUAAUUUAACUUAUUUGAACAUUUCUUUCAACAACUUAUACCGUCUUAAUAACGCAAGCUUCAAAACAUUGAUUAGUUUAGAAAUUUUAGAUUUAUCCAUUAACAGACUUGGCAGUAUUCACUUUAGUAUCGCUCACAUGCCAAACUUGACACUAUUUGAUCUUCAUUCGAAUCAGAUUGGUUCAUUAUACAAAGACACUCGAAUAGCCAUCAGUGGGCUCUUGGCUGCCAACAAAAGUUUUCACGUAGACAUGCGGGACAACCCAAUCUUCUGUGAUUGCGACAACCUGGAAUUCCUAGAGUGGGUUGUAGAGACCAAUAUUUUUGGUUUCCCAUCUAAGGAUUAUUAUUGCAAAUAUGUCAGUGCUGAUCAGGUGACUGUAGAGAUGCCAGACGGGUAUGAAGACGAAGUGAGAAAACUGAGGCGAUUGUGUAAAACAAAUGUUGGACUUUUUGUGGCCGCGGUUGGCGCCACAUUAGCUGUCUUGGUGUCUCUUCUAGGGGUCAUCAUGUACAGAUUCAGGUAUAGACAGUAUGUCCUUGGGUGAUCUGAAAAUCUCAUAAAUUGUUCAUAAUUUUUUUGCAUUAUCAGACAAUAAUUAAAAAUUAUAUGACAUUGUCAGAGUCAUAGGACAAAGGACAAGGUGAGGUAGGAAUGUGGUGGGGGAGGAAGAGGAGAGACAACCAUAUUAAUAAAUUAAAUUUUUUAUUUUUUUUAUUUUCUUCUUGUUUUAUUAAAUUGUCAUCCACGUUUGGAAAUAUCGUUUAAACUUUAAAAUUAUUUUUGUAUUCAUUUUUUAAAAUAUGUGCAUAAAUAUGUGUAAACUAAAGCAUAAAUAUAAUAUUUCCUUCCAGGUGGACGCUAAGAUACUGGUACCAUGCUGCCAAGUUUUAUGUCAAUCACAAAGCAAGCCCAGAGAUGUAUGAAUAUGACGUGUUCAUCAGUUAUGAGAACAAUGACGUCGAAUUUAUGUUAGAGGUUAGAGGUCAUGUUCCUUACCUUUUCGAACCAAUUUUGUAUGAAACAAAAUGUGAAAUAAUCACAAGGAUACAUUUAACAAAUGUCGCCCAGGUUACCGUGUAACAUGAGUUUAAAAUAAGAUUGUGUUUCCAACUUUUUUAGACAAAAAAAAUUAUUUAAAAUAAUUAAAAUUAAAAAAAAAUGGUUAACUAUUCAAAGAUCGGAUCUAUUUCAUAAUCAAUGUUUCAAAUUAUACAAUAGUUGUCUAUUCGAGUAAUUGUCCACCGAGUUAUUGAAGAAUAUUUUUUUUUCUAGGGUUUAAAUUAUAAACUUUUCACUAUUUCAGGAGCUGUGCCCAAAGCUGCGAGACGAGAGAAAGAUCAAGGUUUUGAUUCACGGGGAAAACUUCCAAGUCGGUCGUCAAAUCGCUGAUAACAUUUACAUGGCAGUCACUCAAUGUCGUAAAACUUUGGUCAUUUUGACGCGGCGACUGCUGGCCAGCAAAUGGUGCACGUACGAACUACAAGUGAGUCACAAAGAUGUUUUAAAUGUGGUGAAUUUAUUUUAA